AUGACCGUACAUGUAGCGGUCCACCUCACCUCCUCUCCUGCGGGCCGGAUGGAUGGAGCUCCAGGACACCCCUCCUCCCCGCCCCACGGCUCGGCUCUCCAUCCCCGUGCACCAAGCAGCCGCUCCGGGGUCCGCGCCUCUCGCUCUCCCCUCUCUCCUGGUUCUCUGCCUCCGUCACUGUCUGAUCCACAUUGGGAGAUGGGAUCCAGAGCUCCGGCAGGUUCCCCGACGCUUGACAGGUCUAGUGUAGCCGGCCCAGGGAGCGCUGAAGCCGGGCAGCUGAGCAGUGAGGCGCCGCUGUACUGGCGGAGCUCCGACGUCAGCGCAUUCUAA